UGAUGUAGUGAAAUCGUGUGCUGAAAUGUGGUAGAAGGUGACAUUAAUUAUGCCUUCACUAGGUACUCUCGCUAGUGCAGUCUUAGAUGGGCAUGCUUCUCACAGCCAUGUCCGAAAUGGGUCUCUUUCUGGCACAGAAGAAUGGACCUCUCGCAUGGAUUCAGAAGGCGCGCCCGCGAAGCUGGAACCUUGGGAACUUGCACGAGCAGCGAGUGCAAAAGCUGUCAAUGGAGGUAAGACGUCGUUUGCUCCUGAGUCCGCGGAGACGCUCGCGAGUGUAAACGAUAGCAAAGACGCAACCUCGGGCAAGACUGGUGAGGCACAGGCUGGUGAUGCGGGUAGUGCGGCUAGUCCUCCGGCGACUGAUGUAGUCACGGGCGCAGACGGCGGGACGCCAGAUGAGGGAGGAGAAGCGGAGGUUAAGCUGGAUCAAGGAUUCGUAGACGACCAGGGGAAGCCUUGGUGGGAGUUUCUGUUUCAAAAUUGGAACUUUGGAGGUUUUGAGGCUGUCCCGAAACAACGUCGAGACAAGAAUUUGCUCGGUGACCCGCUGUCGCCAUGUGUGCCUGCCGCCCAGUCUGCGUCCGGGCGCGACGAGUACUGUGUUUUCGAAGAGGAGCCACGAAUGCGACGCGAAGCGGAGACUGAGCUCGAUCUGAGGAGCACAGACACGACCGAAGACCGCAUUCCACCUCAGCGACGGAUGAUUUGCGUAGCGGACGGCGUUGACGGGGAUUUUCUUGUCAAAAGACGCAAGAAAAUCGGUCCGCCGGAAUUAGAGCAGCAGCCGGACGACAAACCUGGGAAAAGAGGAAAGAAGAGCAAGAAGAGCGGCAGCAAAAGUAGCCCGCGGAACAUGAAAGAGAAGCAAGGCGGCCGUGCUGCAUCCGCAAAGCAUGGAGACGGGGACUCGAAUGGUCCGGAAGGAGGAGAAGGAAAGAAAGAAAGUGUUGAAGAACAAAUGCUAAUGUUGAACGAUGACGCUAUGCCAAAGGACAGUGACCACGAAAUUAGCGGGUUCGCGCCUUGGCUUUUCGGGCACUUAUUCGGGAGCUGGGGUUUGUCGCAUUUCGGUGGAAGCCGCGAGAAGCUAAUGGCUCAGCUUCAGCAUUGGUAUGGUGAUGUAGCAGCAUUUGGAAAGCCGGAUACAGCUUCAAAAGCGCCUGGAGGAAAGAAACGAGAGGGGCGAAAAAAUGCGGGGAUGGAUCUGCUGCGAGGACUGAGUGCAAACUUGUACGCAGGUGGAAGUGGUUCAGCGGGUGGCCUUCCUGGACGUCCUGCUGUCCGGCACUGCGUCGGUGUGGAGUGGUACUUUCGUGCGCUCAAGUGCGCGAAGUAUUUUGACGAGAAAGCAAGACUUUUGAUGGAAGAGAAUGCUCAGAACGCGGAGGAACCGCAUACAAGAAAAGGAGCUAAAGGGAACAAGAAGUCGAAGAUGAAGGGAAAAGCGCAGAAAAUAGAGGGGAAUAAAGGAGAUGACGCAUCAGAAGACCCAGACAGUAAAGUGCGUUUACGACGCGUACCCCGGGUCGAUGUGCUUGCUACGAACCAACGCGUGGAGCGUUAUCACAAUUUCUCAUUGAACUUCUUUGAAAACUGCAACAAGACGGGUGGACGGGAUUGCCAACCCCGCGACACUGAUAUAGCGCCCGAAGUUGAUACCCCUGCACAGAACAAGGCCGACCAAACUUCUCAAAAGUCUUCAUCAAGUAACCCACAUGCAGUGGGUGAUGCAGGGGAUGUUGGAGACGGGAAGAUGCAGCACGGCAAAUCCGAUGAAGGAGGAAAGGCAGCGGGAAAGAACUCUAAAAAUGGAGGAGAUGAAGAUAGUAAGGGGAAGGUUGAACUUGCUGAGAUCUCCGGUGAAGAGUUUGACGCACUUUCAGAGGGUGCAAAGCAGCAUCGGAUUCUGCGUCAUGGCCGGCUGCUUCAAGAACUCGCAGAAAUGGAACAGCAGAAAGUUCGAAAACAAAUCAUCACAGGGCCUUUGGAUGACUUCAUCGAGAUUGACACGACUGGGCGGCUAUCGACUAAAGGCGCAAAAUUUUUAGAAGAGUUGGAAAAGAAGUGGGGCGUGAUAGUAAGCAGUGGCGCCCGCCUGGCCUUACGCGAGAAAACAGAAUGUGAGUGGGCGUUUCCCAUUAAGCCUCUAUCAUCGGUGCAGGUCGACGCCGCGAAGUGGCAUCGGGAGCGCUGGCGCCUCGGUGAGCAAGUGCGAGCAGCCCAGGAGAAAGAGAGUUAAGAUCGAGCAGCUAAAAAGUUGAUUAUCCUUUUGAGAAGUAAGUAGAAGUCUGAAAACAGAAGAAAACUUUCACUUUGGUGCCACUCAAUUUUGUCAGUCAUCGACUGUCGCCUGAUAUUUGUGCAGGAGAAUGAAUUGGAGAGCAAGAGGAAUAUAUUCUUAUCCUAAUGCUAUUACUAAUGAUUUACGAUCCCUUGUUCUAAGCCAAGUCGCUGCUCGUCGCCUACGAUAAUGCGUGGCGGAACAGUUGCGUUUCCGAGGCACGUAGCGGGGGCCGAACAGAGUGUGGGCGCACGCCGGAGAAGUCACGGGAAAUUCGUGAUCUCGCUAGAGAGCUAGCGCUGCAAAGGCACGUCCGAAUACAACUGUCGACCCGGCUUUGCAAUUAUGGCCUGUCACAGUGCUGUGAAUGAUGUGGUAGAAAGAUUGUCAACCUUGUAGAGUUUUUUCUUGCAAAGAUGCAUAGUCAAAGCACUAAAGAAAAUAGCGGGCGUAUUUUCCCUCGUCUUACUCGCUUCAUCCAAUACAUAGACGCCGGCAGGUGGUACUUGUGUUGUGGUAUACCUAUGAAGAUGUAGUUGUGCAGUUCGUUGUUCGACACUCUAAUAUCAGCUUAGCGGACAGGCGCAGGUUUCGGUUAGCGAGCUAGAGAACUACAAGAAGGAGCAGGAGCGGGCUCUCGACUUGCCGUGGCGUUACACAGCGUGGGAAAAAGACACAAACUAUGACAGUUUUUCCGUUUCGUCCGAAUGCCAGAAACUCUUACCUGAAACAGCAGCUAAAUAGAAAAAGUUAAUUGGAUCGAUGUCGAAAGUCUUCAAUUACUUAGUUGCUUACAAGGCGACAACUCUUG